AUGCAUCAAGACAAACCUAAACGUAUUCUAUUGGAACAAGACAAUAACAGAAAAUUUUUCAAAUCUAAAGUGAUUCAUAAUGAUACACCAAAUAAGAAAAAAGAUAAUGGCUUUAACUUUAAAGUUAUAAAUUGGAACGAUGGAAAUAGUAAUAAUUCUGGAGUUAAAGUCAAUGAAUCUUAUUUAAAUAGUCCAAAAAUACUCAAUGAUAACAACAUUGAUGAAAAUGGACAAAAUAUAAAUAAAUUAGAAUUGUUGGAAGAUAACCAUAAUGAGAACUCUAAUGUAGAAAAAUGUCUUGUUGCUUAUUCUUCUCCAGCUGCUCGUCGCCUAAAAGAAGUAUCAAAUUCUUCAAUUGAUGUCAAUGACAUGGUCAUAAACGAACCAGCUUAUAUUUCUAUUGAUUUCAAUGAUACAAUCAUAAAACAAUUUGCUGCUGUUGAUGUUUCAGUUCUUGUAAAUGAAUCUUCACAAACUAACUUGUGCCCGAUUUUCAUAAAUGAAACUCCUCCACUUUGUCGCACUAUUUGUUCUAGUGAAAAAAAGAGUACAGUGCGAAAAGGGAGAAAAAUUAUUGAUGAUACUCAAUACCAGAUUUAUGCAGGUCAAAAAAAGUUUGGUGGUUUUUUGUGCAAAGAAUGUGGUCUUUAUUAUUCAAAGGGAGAACCAGAAGAUGAAGCGGAACAUGAUAAAUACCAUAAAGCCAAGGAUAUUUUUAAGUAUAAGAGCUCAAAAAAUGAAAAAGUUAUUUUUAAAGAUAUUGAUGAACGUAUAGUUGUAAUAUCUGGAUCAGAUACCAAAAUGUUAUGUUCAAAAGCUUUAGAGGUGAUGUUAUAUGUUGAUAAAGAACUUGGAUGUUAUACAGAAUGUUCUGUUUUACCCACAACUAAAAAAGUUCACUUGUAUAUAAAAAAAAGACAAGUGAUUGGAUGCUUAGUAAUAGAUCUCAUAUCGCAGGCUUAUCGUAAUCUAGAAACCGAAACAGAAGACAUGAUUGUUGUAUCUGAAGAAUCUUAUCCCGUGAAAGCAGGCGUUAACAGUAUAUGGACAAAAUGGGACUGUCGUAAUACUGGAAUUGCAAGAAAACUGCUAGACUAUUUCCGUAAGAAUUAUACGUUUGGUCAUAUAUUGGCACUUGAUGAAAUAGCGUUCACAGUGCCUACACGCUCAGGCAAACAAUUUAUUAAAAAGUAUACAAACAGAAAUGAUUUUUUAGUUUAUACUGGAUGGUAA